AUGUCUGUCUACAAUCACCGGUCAAUGGUCCCCACGCCCCAAAACCGCAUCAUCGAGGUUUUGGACGCAAUUCGAGGAGAGUUUGAGAAGAUUACCCAAGACAUUUAUCUUUACAAAAGCGAAAAAGAUGACUUUGAACAUAAAAUGGCUCAGCAGACGCAGGAGAUGAGCAAUUUCCAACAAAGCUUGUCUGAACUGGAACGGUCGCAGCAGACUUUAAAGAAGCAGUACGAAGAUGAGAUCGCUAGACUGCGUCAACAGUUGGAACAGGCACAGGCUCGUACUGGUGGUGGGAAUGGGAACAACAAUGGCAGUGUUUCUAACGGUCAUCCUGAACUUACCCCUGGUCCUUUCUCCACCUCUUCUGCUGGCCUUCACUCCCACCAGCCACCACCGCCAAACAUUGGUCCUGGCUCAAAUUACUUUGGCGGCAUAAUGAAUGCUCAUGGCCAAGGUCCGCUCGGUCUGGUUGCGCCCCCGCAGAUGAAUGAACCAAGCUAUCCUAUUCAAGCAGCACCUUUACCUACAGCCCCCAGCAGCUAUAUAGGCUCAAACAGUCCUGGAUUGUACCAAACUCCAGCAAAGGCUAUAUCUCAACCCCCACCCCCACCUCCUCCAGCACCUUCUGGGCCGUACCAUACAAAGGACGAAUGGCCUUCUGGAUACGGGUUUCCUCAGCGUGUGAGUAACCCUCCUGCUGUUCAGAAUCAAAUGGAUAUGAAUUCUGGACAGAAACGUAAAUCUGGAUCCAUUCCUCCUGGACCUCCUGCUGGCCAGAUGAUUAUGCCUACUGGACGCCCUGCUCCAAAACCCCAGGCAGCAACAGGGAUUACGGGAAAUCUCGCUGAUGUGGACCCUGAUAGUGUCCCUGCCAAUAUGAAAAUCGAAGGAAAAGAUUGGUUUGCACUAUUCAACCCCAAGGCAGCUCGCUCUCUCAAGGUUAAUCUGAUGAGCACGUUAGAGCACGAUAGUGUUGUUUGUUGUGUCAAGUUUAGUGCAGAUGGACGACUUCUUGCAGCAGGAUGCAAUAGAUCUACCUAUAUUUACGAUGCAAUUACUUCCCAAAAGAUCUGUGUUCUUCAAGAUGAUAAUGUCCAAAAGGAUGGCGAUCUUUACAUUCGUGCAGUCUGCUUUAGUCCAGAUGGAGUUUAUCUUGCUACUGGUGCAGAAGAUAAGCAGAUCAGAAUCUGGGAUAUUGCAAAGAGAAGAAUCCGCAAUAUAUUACCAGGACAUGAGCAAGACAUCUAUUCACUUGAUUUUAGCCGUGAUGGACGAAUCAUUGUUUCUGGCUCAGGCGAUCGGACAGCACGGAUAUGGAGUAUGGCAGAUGGUCAGUGCUUACAUGUUCUCCGUAUCAAAGAUGUCGAUCAAAAGGAUCCUGGAAUUACCAGUGUUGCUGUUUCGCCUGACAGCCGCCUUGUAGCUGCCGGCAGCCUUGACAAGAUGGUCCGUGUCUGGGAUACGCACACUGGUAAUCUUUUGGAGAAACUUGAGGGCCACAAAGACAGUGUUUACUCGGUUGCUUUUAUGCCUGAUGGAAAGACUCUUGUGAGUGGUAGUCUUGACAAGACAUUAAAAUUAUGGCAAUUGGGUACACAUGAGGGGCGUGGACAUGGUAUUGACAGAGACCGAUCCAAGGGACCGUGCAAGAUGACUUUUUCAGGUCACAAGGACUUUGUACUCUCUGUGGCGUGUACUCCCGAUGGAAAUUGGGUCGUAUCAGGUUCAAAAGAUCGUGGUGUACAGUUCUGGGACCCCCGAACAGGUCAAACUCAGUUUAUGUUGCAAGGCCAUAAGAAUUCGGUCAUUUCAGUGGCUAUCAGUCCAGCCGGAAGACCCAUGUUCGCUACUGGCUCAGGUGAUAAUCUUGCUCGUAUCUGGAGCUACGAACCAUAUGGCCCUUAAAACUCUACAAACUAAAACACAAGCCCCCACCCACCCACACACGCACACACACACGCACACACAUUCUUUCUAUUUCGCAUGUCUUUUUUUUUCCUUUUAUGCAAAGAUAAAUAAAAAUAAUAUAAUAAUCAAG